AUGCCACAACAAUUGAGCUCCAAGGAUGCGUCCUUGUUUCGCCAGGUGGUUCGCCACUAUGAGACCAAACAGCACAAGAAGGGUAUCAAAGCAGCAGAUCAGAUCCUGCGGAAGAACCCGAACCAUGGCGACACACUGGCGAUGAAGGCAUUGAUCAUCAGCAACCAAGGACAGCAAGAAGAGGCCUUUGUGCUGGCCAAGGAAGCUCUGAAGAACGACAUGAAAUCGCAUGUCUGCUGGCAUGUGUACGGUUUGCUCUACCGUGCGGACAAGAACUAUGAGGAAGCGAUUAAGGCGUAUCGGUUUGCGUUGCGGAUCGAGCCCGACUCCCAGCCUAUUCAACGAGACCUUGCUCUGUUGCAGAUGCAGAUGCGCGAUUUCAAGGGAUACAUUAAUAGCAGAAGCGCCAUGUUGCAAGCCCGCCCCGCAUUCAGACAGAACUGGACCGCUUUGGCAAUUGCACACCACCUCGCCGGAGAUUUGGAAGAGGCCGAGAAGGUGCUCACGACGUACGAGGAGACGCUGAAGACGCCGCCGCCAGUUGCUGAUAUGGAACACUCGGAGGCUGUUUUGUACAAGAACACCAUUCUUUCGGAGGCGGGUAAGGUCGACAAGGCCUUGGAGCACCUUGAGAAGGUUGGACACAGAGCCACAGAUGUUUUGGCUGUCAUGGAGAUGAAGGCCGACUAUCUCCUGCGACUCGACCGGAAAGAGGAGGCCGAAGCGGCCUAUACUGAUCUGUUGGAGCGGAACCCGGAAAACUCGAUUUACUACGAUGCAUUGAUCCGAGCCAAGGGUAUCUCCGAGGAUGACCACAAGGCGCUCAAGGCUGUUUAUGACUCGUGGGCGGACAAGUACCCCCGUGGUGAUGCCGCUCGCAGAAUCCCGCUGGAUUUCCUUGAAGGGGAGGACUUCAAGCAGGCUGUUGAUGCUUACUUGCAACGCAUGCUGAAGAAGGGCGUGCCAUCGUUGUUUGCAAACAUCAAGACACUGUACACGAAUUCGGGCAAGCGCGACACUGUGCAGGAGCUGGUAGAGAGCUACACUUCUGGAAAGGCGCAGAACGGAGAGGCCAACGGUGACCAGAACGAGUUCCUUUCAUCAUCUUACUAUUUCCUGGCUCAGCACUACAACUACUACCUCAGCCGUGACCUGUCCAAGGCGAUGGAGAGCGUCGAGAAGGCUAUUGAGCUCGAUCCCAAGGCCGUCGAAUACCAGAUGACAAAGGCACGGAUAUGGAAGCACUACGGCAACGUUCAGAAGGCUGCAGAGGAAAUGGAGAAGGCCAGGACCCUGGACGUGAAGGAUCGUCAUAUCAACUCCAAGGCUGCUAAGUACCAACUUCGUAACAGUGAGAACGACAAGGCUCUUGACAACAUGAGCAAGUUCACCCGGAAUGAGACCGUUGGUGGUGCAUUGGGCGAUCUCCACGAAAUGCAGUGCGUCUGGUACCUGACUGAGGAUGGUGAAUCAUAUCUGCGACAGAGGAAGCUUGGACUUGCCCUCAAGCGUCUCCAUGCCGUCUACCACAUUUUCGACGUCUGGCAAGAAGACCAGUUCGACUUCCACGGCUUCUCUCUCCGCAAGGGUAUGAUCCGAGCCUAUGUUGACAUGAUCCGUUGGGAGGAUCGCCUGCGGGAGCACCCAUCCUACAAUCGGGCCGCCCUUGCUGGCAUCAAGGCCUACCUUCAAUUGCACGAGGACCCCGACUUGGUUCACGGACCCAUGCCCGCUGGUACCAGCCGCGAGGACGACACAGGAGAGGAUUCCGAGAGGAGAAAGGCUAUUAAGAAGGCAAAGAAGGAGCAGCAGCGCCUGGAGAAGGUCGAGGCCGAGAAGCGGGAGGCACGGAAGACGGCGACAGCCGUCAAGGGCCUUGAUGGUGAAGUGAAGAAGGAAGACUCUGAUCCUUUUGGAACCAAGAUUGUCCAGACUCCUGAUCCGCUCAGCGAGGCUACCAAGAUCCUCACUCCUAUUCUGGAGCACAGCCCUCAAAACAUUGAAGGCCAACUCCUCGGAUUCGAGGUUUACCUCAGACGGAACAAGCUCGCCCUCGCGCAGAAGUGCCUCUCUGCCGCACACACUCUCGACGCCUCUAACCCAACCGUCCACGCCCAAACCCUUCGCCUCCGCAAGGCCCUGGACAACCCUAAAGAACCCCUCACCCCCGAAGUCUCCGAACCCGUCAACGCGGAACUGGAGAAACUCCUCCCGAAGUCCCAGAAUCUUGAUGAGUGGAACAACAACUUCCUCUCGGUGCACAAAAACAGCGUCUCGCACAUCCAAGCAGCCCUCGCCUCCCGGCAACUGAUCAACCCUGACUCCAAGGCACAGAACGAGAAGGAUCUCGCUGCCACCCUGGACUCGAGCGAUGCCUCGAUUGAGACCGCUCUUGCCGGUCGUGAGUUGUUGGACGAGUGGCGGAGCGAGCAGGCUACGAAACAGGCUUAUGCUGAGAAGUCUAAGGGGAAGUGGCCUGAGUCGUCGGUGUUUGAUCUCGAAUAA